GCCUGUGGGUGGUAAAGCAGCGGCUGAGGCCGGGAGCACCAGCAGCCACUUCCAGGAAAGGAUGCCACAGACGCCUCCCUUUGCAGCUAUGUUUGACAGCAGCGGCUACAACAGGAACUUGUAUCAGUCAGAAGAGGACAACUGUGGAGGGCUCUAUUACCAUGACAACAACCUCUUGUCGGGGUCUUUGGAAGCUCUGAUCCAGCACUUAGUACCCAAUGUAGAUUACUAUCCUGACAGGACAUACAUCUUCACCUUCCUUCUUAGUUCACGCCUGUUCAUGCAUCCGUAUGAGCUCAUGGCCAAAGUCUGCCAUUUGUGCAUUGAGCAGCAGAGACUAAGUGAGCCUGGCCUGGACAAGAACCGGAUACGAAAAAUCGCACCCAAAAUCCUACAGUUGUUGACUGAAUGGACAGAGACGUUUCCUUAUGAUUUCCGAGAUGAAAGAAUGAUGAGGAACUUAAAGGAGUUGGCACAAAGAAUAGCCAGUGGUGAUGAGAUGUAUCGGAAGAACGUACAGCAGCUCCUCCAGAACCUGAUUCGGAAGCUUGCCACUGUUAGCCAGUAUGAGGAAGUACUUGCAAAAAUUAAUGCCACGUCCACAGAUCGUCUCACGGUUCUAAAGACCAAGCCCCAGUCCAUCCAGAGGGACAUAAUCACAGUCUGCAAUGAUCCCUACGUGUUAGCUCAGCAGCUGACACACAUAGAGCUUGAGAGACUCAAUUAUAUUGGACCAGAAGAAUUUGUCCAGGCAUUUGUGCAAAAGGAUCCUUUGGAUAAUGACAAGAGCUGCUACGGAGAUCGAAAGAAGACCCGGAAUCUGGAAGCCUAUGUGGAAUGGUUUAACAGGCUCAGUUACUUGGUUGCAACAGAAAUCUGUAUGCCUGUGAAGAAGAAGCACAGAGCAAGAGUGAUAGAAUAUUUCAUUGAUGUGGCACGGGAAUGUUUUAACAUUGGCAACUUUAACUCCUUAAUGGCUAUUAUUUCUGGCAUGAACAUGAGUCCUGUGUCUCGGUUAAAGAAAACUUGGGCAAGAGUGAAGACAGCCAAAUUUGAUAUUCUUGAGCAUCAGAUGGACCCUUCUAGCAAUUUUUAUAAUUACCGAACUGCUCUACGUGGAGCCGCUCAAAGGUCCUUGACAGCUCAUAGCAACAGAGAGAAGAUCGUAAUACCUUUCUUCAGCCUCUUGAUCAAAGAUAUUUACUUCCUCAAUGAGGGUUGUGCCAAUCGUCUUCCAAAUGGUCAUGUCAAUUUUGAAAAAUUUUGGGAAUUGGCGAAACAAGUCAGUGAAUUUAUGACAUGGAAGCAAGUGGAGUGUCCUUUUGAAAGGGAUCGGAAGAUUCUGCAGUACUUGCUCACUGUCCCAGUCUUCAGUGAUGAUGCACUUUACUUGGCUUCCUAUGAGAGCGAAAGUCCUGAGAAUCACAUUGAAAAGGACAGAUGGAAGACACUAAGAUCAGCGCUUCUGGGCAGAGUCUAGUGCACAAGAUGGCUGCUGUUUCUGCUGUUGCUAUGUUAUGUGGAUUACCAAAGGGCAUGGCUUGGUUUAUUUUUCUGUACACCGAGUGGCAUUCAAAGUGAUGAAAAAUGUGCAGUCAGUUGCAAUAUUGUGUCAGCAAAGAUGAAACAAGUUAACUCAAGAACAAACAGGCAGCUUCUCACAUCUGACAGAUGAGAUAAAAUCACAGCCCACUCGGCUGUGAUUCAGGCUUAAGUGUUGACUGAGGACAGCGCUGACAGAAUCCUUUGAAGAGCUCAGAUGCCACCUAUGAAUCAUUUCACACCUGUAUGGAAUAUUUUUCCCCUUCCUUUUGCUGCAGCUUGCUGCUACAAGGACUCUGCAAAGUUGAUAGUACAUUACGGAGGGGAAAAACUGACCAUUCCUUUCAGUGAAACCCAAGUCUGCAUUGAAGAACUUCCAUUCCUAGUAAGCUGAAUAUAACCAGGAACUUUGCCUGAUUGGGAUUGCUAAGAUGGGAAAGGACCGGACACAACAAAUUGGCUGCUGGGGAGAGUUUCUCCCCACCACUGUAAUGGUGGCUGUGGUUUUUUUCUUUUUCCAUUAUGUUUUUGAGUUGGCUGCUGGUAGGCAAACUCACUAUUAUUCUAAGUUAUUUAAAAAAUAUAAAGUAAUAAAAAUCAAGGCUGUGGUAGAAAACACACCUGCUGCAAAAAAUAUAGUAGCUAUGUAGCUUGGACUAUUUUACAGUUUCUAGGGAGGUGUUUUCUUUCUUUCAGUUGUUUGCAACUAACCACUACAUGCUAGCGACAUUCUUAUUUUUACUAUACGGUUUUGUUACUCUAAUUUUCCAUACUUGACCUUCUUCUUAUAUUAGGUUGAACAAGCUGACUUUUCUAGAAUAGUCUUUGAGAAACUGGUGUACAAACUGUGUUGAAAUAUGAAAGUAUGUUUUUAUUAAGUCAUUUUUAUAAUUGCUUUUUUUUUGAAAGGGCAACAAUGGAGAACACAAUCCACUUUGACUGAAAUAGCAAGAUGCCAAAAAGAAAAAAAGAUGAGGCGGCUUCUCAGCUACAGCUGUGAACAAAACAGUCUCCCUGUGUGUUUGCUUUAUGGAUUAUGUUUAUGACUGUGAAGUAGUUCACUGUGUUACACACCUAAUAAGUUUGUAGUAGCUCCGAAUACUUAGUCACUCUGUUUAUCCUAGGAAGAGCCUGAAGGAAAAAAAAGAAACUGUAGCUGUAGAUCACCCUGGAUGCAAAAUAGCUAAGCAAAAGCACAUACUUGGCAAAAAAGAUAUUUGCAAUUAUCCUGCCACUGUUAUUUAAAAAAGAAAAGAAAUAAGAAUAAAUAUAUCUAUUUGUUGCACUGCAUCUCUUGAGUUUUCAGGUAAGCUGGUUUUUAUGUUCUGUCCAUGCCUUUUCAGGCAAGUAUUUAAUUUUUUAGUGCUGUAAGAAUAUGCUGAAGUAGCCUUCAUCAACGGGGAUGCUGUCCUUAACUACAGCCUGUUUGCUGGUACAAGGUGCUGGAAGUCACUGAGUUACAUAUUCCAUGAGCAGCAGCACCAGGGCCUCGAGCCCUGACAGUGGAGGAGGAUCCCUCUCCCAUUCACUGAGUUAGGGUGAAGGAGGAAGAAGAGGCUAAGUCUUUGAAAGGAGGAGACAGCUUCUGCAGUUCACAGACUUACCUCCCAGCUUUCAUCAGGUGAGGUCUUUCCCAUCUUCCCCUCUACAUCCUUCCCCCAGGACUUAGUUUAUGUAAAAAGCUGGGGAAAACUGUGUGUUCCUCUUCCACAUCUUCUGGAAGUAGGAUGAUAUAAUAAGGUACAUAAAUGAGCUUCCAUGAUGCAAUAUUUGCUAUCCUCAUUAACCUGCUUUUUUACAUUUUUAGUUCUAGGGAAAGCCAGAGGGUUGAACAAAGGGUUAGCUUACCUGUAAAAAUAACUUUUCUCCUUCCCUCCUCCACUGUAACACAGUUUGACUGCUAGCCUGGUUUAGAAAUUGAUUUGUUAUUUAUGCAGUUGGAAUGAAGCCUU